AUGGCCGACGAUUUCGCUCCCCCGACGGGUCCCCCGCCUCCCAAGGCCCCCGAGGUCCCACCCGGCUGGAUCGCCCGCUGGAAUGAUCAGUACAAAGAAUGGUUCUACGUGAACCUCCACACCAAACAGUCACAAUGGGAUAAGCCGACCGAGCCCGCCGUGCCCCCUCCUCCGCCCCCGGCUGACGACCAACCGGGCGGCCCUCCCCCUGGCUACGCCCCGGGCCCCGGCGUGCCGACGCCCCCUGUGGACCAAAAGACCAACCCUUACGACCAGAAGCACAACCCCUACGAGAACCAGUCUUCAACACCCCAGCCCUACGGCGCCGGCGGCUCCAAUAGUAUGAGUGAGGACGAGCGCCUUGCCCGCCAACUCCAGGCCGAGGAAGAGGCCCGCUCUCGCGGCGCCGCCCCCGGCUCGCACUCGCCCAUGCCCCCCGGCUACAACCUCCACCAGCAGCAGCACCAGCAGCCCCAAAGCCCCUUUCCCGAUCAGCUCCCGCCCCGCGCGCAGGAGGCUAGGGGCAAGAGCGGCGGCGGGUUCCUCGGGAAGCUGCUCGGCAAGGCCAAGACGGGCGGCAUGGGCGGCCUGGGUGGCUCGAGCAGCCACGCGCAGCCGCACUACGGCGGGUACCCCCAGCAGCAGCAGUAUGGCGGAUACCCGCCUCAGCAACAGUAUGGCGGGUAUCCCCCCCAGCAGCAGUACGGGGGUUACCCGCAGCAGCCGGGCUACGGCGCCCCGGGGGGUUACGGCAUGCAGGGCGGCGGAUAUGGCGGCUAUGGGCGCGGCAUGGGCGGAAUGGGCGGCAUGGGCGGGGGUCGGAAGCCCGGCGGCGGCGGUAUGGGUAUGGCUGGCGGCAUGGCGCUUGGUGCCGGUGCCGGACUGUUGGGUGGCGCGUUGAUUGCGGACCACAUCAACGACGAGCAGCAAGAGGCGUAUGCUGAUGGAUACAAUGACGGUAACGACGGCGACGACUUUGGCGGUGGUGGCGACGACUUUGGUGGCGACUUCUAG